GGUUUCAAAUUCUGUCUCUACUCUCUACUAAAACCCGUCUUCUUCUUCGUUUAAGAUCUCUUUCGCAAGUGUGAUCUAAAUUUCUAGGGUUUGAAGUAGCGAUGGAUGAUAGUUUGUAUGAUGAGUUCGGGAACUACAUUGGACCAGAAAUCGAAUCUGAUAGAGAAUCAGAUGGAGAAGGAGAAGAUGAUGAAGAUCUUACUGAUAAACCCUCGGAAGUAGAACAAGCUGAUUCUGAUGAUGAAGACAAUAGAGAUGCUUCUAAUGGUUGGAUUACAGCUUCUAAUGAUGUUGAUAUGGAAAACCAGAUUGUACUCGCUGAAGAUAAAAAGUAUUAUCCGACUGCGGAAGAAGUUUAUGGUGAAGAUGUUGAAACCCUAGUUAUGGAUGAAGAUGAACAACCACUUGAAAUGCCAAUUGUUAAACCUGUUAGAAAUAUUAAGUUUGAAGUUGGUGUUAAAGAUUCUUCUACUUAUGUUUCGACACAAUUUCUAUUAGGUUUAAUGUCUAAUCCGUCAUUAGUUCGAAAUGUUGCUCUUGUUGGUCAUAUUCAACAUGGUAAAACUGUUUUUAUGGAUAUGUUGGUGGAACAAACACAUCAUAUUUCGACUUUUGAUUCUAACAGUGAGAAACAUAUGAGGUAUACUGAUACUAGGAUUGAUGAACAAGAGAGAAGGAUUUCGAUUAAAGCUGUACCUAUGUCACUUGUUCUUGAGGAUAGUAAAGCUAAGUCUUACUUGUGCAAUAUCAUGGAUACUCCUGGUCAUGUAAAUUUCUCUGAUGAAAUGACUGCUGCUCUUAGACUUGCUGAUGGAGCUGUCUUAAUUGUUGAUGCUGCUGAAGGAGUUAUGGCAAACACAGAGAGGGCUAUACGUCAUGCAAUCCAAGACAGGCUUCCUAUUGUUCUCGUUAUCAAUAAGGUUGAUAGGCUUAUAACUGAACUUAAACUGCCCCCAAAUGAUGCUUACCACAAAUUGAAAAAUAUAUUAGAAGUGGUCAAUAUCCACAUCACGACGGUCUCGUCAACUGCUGGAGGUGUGCAGACCCUUGAUCCGUCCGCUGGUAAUGUUUGUUUUGCAAGUGGAAGCGCUGGUUGGUCCUUCACUCUGCAAUCGUUUGCCAAGUUGUAUGUUAAGCUUCAUGGGAUUCCAUUUGAUGCUUCAAAAUUUGCAUCACGACUCUGGGGAGAUAGAUAUUAUCAUCCUGAUACUAGGGUUUUCGAGAGGAAACCUCCUGCUAAAGGGGGAGAUAGGUCAUUUGUGCAGUUCAUCCUUGAACCUCUUUACAAAAUAUAUAGCCAAGUAAUCGGAGAGCACAAGAAGAGUGUGGAGGCAACUCUUGAGGAACUUGGUGUUAAGCUUCCAAAUGCUGCAUACAGGUUGAAUGUUAGGCCUUUGCUGAGACUGGCUUGUAGCUCCGUUUUUGGAUCUGCCACAGGUUUCACUGAUAUGCUAGUUCAACACAUCCCUUCUGCCAAGGAAGCUGCAGCGAGGAAAGUAGAGCAUAUAUAUAGUGGGCCUCGGGAUUCAUCGGUGUUUGACUCAAUGGAAAGUUGUGAUCCAUCUGGACCUCUAAUGGUUAAUGUGACCAAACUUUACCCUAAAUCAGAUUGCAGUGUCUUUGAUGUUCUCGGUAGAGUUUACAGUGGUGAAAUUCAGACUGGGCAGACUGUGCGUGUACUGGGAGAAGGUUAUUCUCCAGAUGAUGAAGAGGAUAUGACUGUAAAAGAAAUAACGAAGUUGUGGGUUUAUCAAGCUCGUUAUCGGAUACCUGUAAGCAAAGCUCCUGCUGGUUCUUGGGUACUCAUUGAAGGUGUUGAUGCUUCGAUUAUGAAGACUGCAACCCUUUGCCAUGCGGAUUAUGAUGAAGAUAUAUAUAUAUUUAGGCCUCUCAGAUUCAAUACCCUUCCUGUGGUUAAGACAGCCACGGAGCCUCUGAACCCUAGUGAGUUGCCCAAAAUGGUGGAAGGUCUUAGAAAGAUCAGCAAAAGCUAUCCUCUUGCCAUCACUAAAGUUGAAGAGUCCGGUGAGCAUACUAUAUUAGGUACUGGGGAGUUAUAUUUGGAUUGCAUUAUGAAGGACCUUAGGGAGCUCUAUUCUGAAGUGGAAGUCAAGGUAGCAGAUCCUGUCGUUUCAUUCUGCGAGACAGUGGUGGAGUCCUCUUCGAUGAAAUGUUUCGCUGAAACACCCAACAAAAAGAACAAGAUAACCAUGAUUGCUGAGCCACUAGAGAAAGGAUUGGCAGAGGAUAUUGAAAAUGGUGUUGUAAGCAUUGAUUGGCCUCGGAAGAGACUUACCAAUUUCUUCAUGUCAAAUAAUUAUAGCUGGGAUAUUCUUGCAGCAAGAGGUGUUUGGGCCUUUGGGCCAGAUAAGCAGGGACCCAACAUCCUCUUAGAUGAUUGCCUUCCCAGUGAAGUUGAUAAGAACUUGUUGAAUGCUGUCAAAGAUUCCAUUGUUCAAGGGUUCCAAUGGGGAGCACGUGAGGGACCUCUCUGUGACGAACCUAUCAGAAAUGUGAAGUUCAAGAUUGUUGAUGCUAAGAUUGCUCCUGAACCCUUACAUCGAGGCACUGGUCAGAUUAUUCCAACAGCUCGACGGGUUGCAUAUUCAGCUUUCCUCAUGGCAACCCCACGUCUUAUGGAACCUGUAUACUAUGUUGAGAUACAAACCCCAAUAGAUUGUGUAUCUGCCAUCUACACAGUGUUGUCUCGUCGACGUGGUCAUGUUACGGCUGAUGUUCCUCAGCCUGGUACGCCAGCUUAUAUUGUAAAGGCAUUUCUGCCAGUAAUUGAGUCCUUCGGAUUCGAGACUGACUUGAGGUACCACACUCAAGGUCAGGCUUUCUGUCUCUCUGUCUUCGAUCACUGGGCUAUAGUACCUGGUGAUCCCCUUGACAAAAGUAUUGUGCUUAGACCUCUUGAGCCGGCACCCAUUCAGCACCUUGCUCGGGAGUUCAUGGUGAAGACAAGGCGUCGGAAGGGAAUGAGCGAGGAUGUCAGCAUCAACAAGUUCUUUGACGAAGCCAUGGUGGUGGAGCUCGCUCAGCAGGCAGCUGAUCUUCAUCUGCAAAUGUUGUGAGGUUGUACUCAACGUACAUUUUAGAGGACGCCUAGUUUUUUUUUUCCUUGGCUUGUAGAGAUUGUUUUAGCAGAUUUCAGAGGAAAGAAUGAGAAGGAGAACUUUGAUCAAGCCUUGUAGCUGUUAGUUUUGUAAUAACUGUGUUUUGUGCUCCUUAUCCUCGUGAAUUGUUUGUAAAACUGAACAGAUCAUAUAUUGGCUUAAAGGUUACUAUUACAUUUUGAUGAAUUGUUGGACCACAUUUGUCAUUUGUACUAUAAUUGGAUUAUGGUGAUGAUAGUUUAGUUAGUAAGUAUUUCUCUAA